AUGGAUAAGCCUACGGAUGAUCAGCAGACCGACAAACGAAUCCUUGAGAGCAGUGAGGGACGAAUCUCAUCGCCACUCGAACGCAAGCAAAUCACCAGAAGCAUGAGUCAGGUUUCGAUGGUAGAGUCAAGUCCAGACCGAGAGCCUUCUUCAUCCGACUUAAAUGUCAUACGUACACGUAAGAAGGUUUCAGAACCGUCCAGCUCCACAGAGACUGCGACAGUGACACCACCCUGGCCGUCGCAAGGCCUUGACGGCGCUCGUCCAUACUCAUCACAGCCGAUUCCUGGCAAAAGUCCCUCGAUCGUCACAAUCUCCUCGAGCUCUUCUCACCGGCGUGUAGGCGGAGAGCCUCAUCGUGGGAAAGAUGGCGUUGAAUCCUCUCGAGUGCAUGACCGAAGCAGCGCACAGGACGACACGCAAGCCUCACCGGAGAAACCUUUUCCAACUAUUGACAAUCUGAGCACCGAAGUUGCCUCUCCUCAGCCCAAGACGGGCUCAAUGGACCACAAGAGCCAUGUGACGGCCUAUUUGCAAGAUCUGUCGACAGUGGCUAGGGUUUUCCGACCUAUCAAAGUAACGAGAGACGUCAAGGCAAUGGAGCGUGGGCACUGGCUCAUGGACAUCACGGUUGCCCCUGAUGAGGUCGUGCAACAAACUCGCUCGUCUCCGACGAAAGCAAGAAUGCUGCAGAAUCUGACUGAUCGUUUUGCAAGCAAGAAUGCUCAGGGAAGACUCAACCAGUUUUGGGAAGCGCGGAAGGCAGGAAAGCUGCAUAACUAUGACUACGGAGACGAGGACGUCGCGGUCGGAUUGUGGACCGAGAAAGAAUUCACAGAUUUCUGGAACGACUUCUCCGCAUUUGUUCAGGACGGCAAAGCAGGCUGGGGUGUGCGGCUUGCCCGAGACGAACUCACCUCCAGCCCGCAACAGAGCAAUAAGCGAAGGAUGCGAGUCAGGGUCUUCCAUUGGGGCGAGGUCAUGAUUCAUAUCUACCUUGCAAUCUACGUGGUGUCGGAGAAGGUCUCACUGAGGAUUCCUAUGCAGUGGAUUGCUGGGAACGGCGUUGCCGUCAUCGAGAUGUCUGGGAAAAGGAAAACAGUGGGACAUGUUCCUUUUGUAGAGAAGGGUACCGGGCCUGACACUCGCUGGGGACUGGAAGGGUCCUAA